UCAUGUGGCCGGCUGCAGUGUACAUGUACACCAUACACGUGGACAGUACACUGUGAUUGCUUGGUGCAUGUCUAUAUUCACUGUGUGGCUGCAUGAGUAACAUCAAAUUUUACAAAUUUGACUGUGACAUCAGAGUGUCUGUCCUUUGGUGUGAUUGCCAGUUUUGUUUUGUGCAGCCAAGUUGCCAUUUCUGCUCAGACUGUCAGUAAAGCAAUCAUACAUCAUGAAUCUUGACGAGAGUGAGUUGAUGUCGGAUCCCAAGUUCAAGGCUUACGCAGCGGCCGUGGACAAAGCACUCAAAGGAUUUGAGUAUUCCAGUGAGUGGGCAGAUCUCAUCUCAGCGUUGGCUAAACUCAUCAAGGUCCUUCAAAGCAACUCUACUCGCUACUCCGUCAUCCCCAAACGGCUGCUGAUUGGUAAACGUUUGGCCCAGUGCACCCAUCCCGCCCUCCCCAGCGGUGUCCAUCUCAAAGCCUUGGAGACCUAUGAUCUGAUCUUCCGUACCAUCGGUCCUAAACAGCUAUGCCAGGAUAUGUUCAUCUACAGCGCUGGGUUGUUCCCAUUACUGGGCAGUGCUGCCAUGGCAGUCAAGCCUAAACUACUGCAUCUGUAUGAGGAGCAUUACUUGCCGCUCGGUGAACAUCUCAAGCCAUGCCUGACUGGACUACUGCAGGGAAUCAUGCCUGGGUUAGAAGAAGGAUCCGAGUAUUUUGAUAGGACCAAUGCCUUAUUGGAACAGCUCUGUGCAGGAAUGGUCAAGUCUAAUUUCUAUAGUGCUCUAUGGGAAUGCGUGUCGACCAGCCCUGGUGUGCGUCUCCCUGCAGUGUCUUUUGUCUUAUCUCAACUUGACCGCAAAGCUUCAAUGAAAGAACAGCAACACAUCCUUGGCAAUAACAGAAUCACAUUGGUCAAUGCAGUGUGUGAUUCCCUGUAUGAUUCCGUGGUUCUGGUCCAGCGUACCAUCCUUGAUCUGGUACUACUCUGCUUCCCGCUUCAUGACUUCUGCGUAUCCAGAGAUGAGCAGACUCGUAUUAUGACAGCUGCACUCAAUGUUCUCUUGCGUCGUGACAUGUCCCUCAAUCGUCGCCUAUUCAGCUGGUUGUUAGGCACCAAUUCCAGGACAGCAGAGCCAAAGCUUGCAAGCAAACCAGCCGUAGAGCGAUCAGAUAGCAUACUGAGUGCCGAAGAGGAGACGUCAGCGUACUUUGAGGCACACUCCAAAGUCAUGUUGGUGGAAUCUCUCAAAUUCUGGUUGCACACCAUUCCAAGUGGUUUGAACGAUGACGAGACAAAGGCAGCCAUUUUGAAGCCUUACAAGCUCCUGAUCAGCCUCCUGGACAAGCCAGAAUUAAGCAUGAUCAUCGUAGAGGAUGUUUUCAUUGAGGUAUUCCGUGCCUUGUACAACCGCUGCACCACCGCAUCUGCGAAUGACGUAUGGAAGGGGCUAAUCUCAGACUCUCAGGAAUCAUUGCUGCUGUCCGCGCCAACAAGGAAGCUCCUAACACGCAGUGCUCGUCCUGUAGAACUCAUCAAGACGGCCAAUCUGCUCUUUGGUGUCUUUGAGCCAUACUUCAUGUGGGAAUUCAUCGCACAACGGUUUGAUCAGUGCUGUCAACAGACAGUCAUGCGAGGAGGAAUGGCGCCCUCUAUUGGUGAUGAUAGCAGUGCACUUACAUGCUCAGAAAUGUGUAGACUGGUAGAUUUCCUCCUCGACAUUGUGGCACUGGAAACAUAUUUAGAAACAACAACUGAGUACCUUCCAAACCUACUUUGCAAAUUGACGGUAUCCCUCUCCAACUACUGUCAGUAUCUGAGCCUCUCUGAAAUCAAAGACACACUGCGUCUGUGCAACAAGCUACUGACUAAGGUACAGCCAUCCAUGGUUACCAGUCCUAAUCAAUGGGAUACCAGCACACCUCAGAGGCUGCUGGCUCAUGUGGAUAUCAUUGAGAAGGGUUGGGAGGAAGUCAAUGGUGGCAGCGGUGGGAUAACUGGUACAGAUGCCUCACCACAGCAAUCAUCCACACCAAAACAAACCACCCAAACCCAGUCUGUGAUCAAUUCAUCAGAUGGUAGUCAGGGGAUCAGCUCAGGAUCAGGUGCUGUGCAGGAUGAAUCGCCAGAGAGUGAGAGAAAUGACAAAACCAAGCAAGGCAAGCCAAGUUCAUCCAAGAAAUUUCCUCUCAGUCCUCGGAGAUCAUUGGACAGGCUGUCAUCUGAACGCCUCGAGGAUGCAGAGUUGGCAGCCCUGGAUGAUGACUUCCAGAUUGAGCGGGUCAAACGCCCGACUAAAAUGCAAAGCCUUGAUUCCCCAUCCAAAGAAGAGACAGUUGAAUUCCGUCCCUCCCACCGCCGAACCCCAAGUUCCGUCUCCUUGACAACCAGUCUAGCCGAGAGCGAUCAAGACGGUCAACCAAUCUUCAUCAUGCAGGCGUGUGUGCAAUGCUACCAGGCAUUCUUUGCCAAGUUUGUCAGCAGCAAGAUUCUUCCAGAGGCGGAGGUUGUCAAGAAGUACCUGAAGAAGCUGAACGUGAAGUGCAAUGGUACGCAAGAGAAGCGACAGCCAUCUGGUGGGGAGGGCAUGAAGGGUAAACGACCUCAGAACCUUGGAGAUAUGCCAGACAAAAUGAUGAGUGAGGAUGGUAGGCUACGGACCAACUCAGCACUGACUACAGAUGAGGCUGUGGCUGCAUUCCUCAGGGAUGUAGAUCUACAGUGCACCAGUUCUCCAAGUGCCUUGCAAGCCUUCUCUACAGCUUGUCAUCUGUUGGUUGAGUUUGCUUGCUUCCCAAUGUACUGUAACGAGACAGCCUCAGCUGCGCAUAUUGUUACACCUACUACCACGGGUAGUGCACUUGGCUUACCAGACUGGCUCCAGACCCUGGUUGCAUGCAGUUGCUAUGUCAAUAACUUCAUUCUCCAGACUACGGCCAUCUCCACCACCUUAGAGCUGAUAGCUUUGACUAAGUCCGUCACAGACCGUUCAGACAGUAAGCUGGUACUGCCUAACCCACCCAACUCCCCUAAGACAGACUCAGGGACCAUCUCUGUGGUGCUGAUUCCUGCUGUCUCUGCAUCACAUCUGCACACAAUCAACUUUGGCACCAGCUUUUUCCAAAGAGUAGCAACCAGUCUGUGGCAUCACAUGAGUGCCAGUACUCCCAACUGUCAUCAGAAGAGUGCUGAUCUACUGCAUCAGCUUCACAAUGUAGCACCUGAUGUCUACAUCUGUGAAGACAUCAUUGGAAAUUCACUGGUGCAGACCAAUAAGGCUGUUUCCUUGGCCGCACACAUCAAGUAUGCUCAGCUCUGGCAUCUGAUCAGAUCACAGAUUCUGAGUGCAAGUCCAGCAAGCAAAGUACUCACAUUUGACAGAUCUCUGUUAGUCAUGAUGGACAGUCUAGAGUGUCCCGACUGCAUGAUACGUUCAGUCACCCAGACCUGGUUAGUGCAUGCCAUAGACCGGGGUGAUAUCGCUAGACUCCUGGAACCCAUCCUCCUAGUACUCCUCCACCCAGCCACAGCCCGUGUGUCUGUGCAGUUCCUUCACACCAAACCUGAUCAGAAGUCGCUGGGCGAUGGCAAGACUGAUGAGGCUGGAGGUGAAGAUGUGGAGAAUAGAAUCUACAGCAUCAGCAGUGUCGAUGGAGAGGUGAAGUACUAUGUUAUCAAGGAUGGUAAGCGAGCCAUAGCUAUCAACCCUAGCAAACAAGAUCCUGUCUUUGCCUGCACCACCAUUGAUGAUAAGAUGAAAUACGUAACCAACAAAGCAAACACCGGUCUGCGUUACAGCGUACCUCCUCAGAUGCUCAGUAAGACACUGAGUGUCACCGUCAAUCCAAUGAACCAAUCAGCAUACAUUAGUGACACUGACAGCGAUGUAUCUGCUAGUCCAAAAACAAAAGCCAACUCGUCUCGUAAACCUUCUAAGGACGACAGUGCAGAUAAGAGAAAGAAUCGCAGAGUUCCUGGAGAGAGACGACCGUCUGACCUCAGUAACUUGACAGAAACGUUAGCUGGGAAGGUCACUCCAAGCACAAGCACUGAUGAUCUAUGUGAGGAGCCCUCGUAUGUCUACAAUGAAGAUGUGGAUGAAAGUCCUGAAGAUGCUGUCAGGAGCAUUUUGAUGUCAUUGGUUGAGGAAGCAAUGAGACAAGUUGAUGGUGUCGGCCAAGACAGUGAUAGCAGAGCAGCAGAGAAAUUGAUAGUCCCUGCUGGCAACAAGCAGUCCUACGUUGUAACCUCAGCAUCUCCAAGAUCCAAGGCAGCCGUCAGAUCUGGUAACUUGGAUAAUAUGUCUCCAGAAGACUACAUCCUGGAUGAUCUUGAGAAUGCCAUGUCUGGACUUGAGACCGAACCUAGUGAUGUUGAGAUGGCAGAAGCUGCGACUGAAGAUAGGUCACCACAAGGUCAAACCAAGAUGCUCCCUGCAUUGAAACUGAAUGCCGUACCACCCUUACAGCAGCAUAUUUUGCUCUAUGUGCAGGUAUACGAUGCACAACGUAUGUUGUAUGUUUUGUCUACGAUCAAAGCAAUACUUAGCACUAACCCAUGGCCGUUUGUCUGUGCAAUGUCAUCAACCAGCAUCAGCAGCACCAACACUCCCCAGCUGAUUAAACUGCAGCAACUCUUGGCAAGACAUAAACGCUGCAUCACAGGGCAGGAUUUCUACUCGGACCUUGAACAAGAGGCUCUGACAGUCUUCCGCAGUAGCACUUAUCUGGAGAUAGUUGUUCUCAUCUGUGUCUACUACAUGAGAAGCUACUAUCCACGUGAUCUCAAAGCUAGUGAGAAUGACGUCCAUGGUAAUCGAGAUGUACAGAUAGCAAGCAUGGAGGUUCUCCGUCUGAUCCUACAUGAGCUUGUCUACAUUGUCAAGGACAGUGGCCGUGGCUUGGCAACAUUCAUCAGCGAUCUCCUCAUCAGAUCCAAAGUCCAGAAAGCAGUCCUGUACUGCCUGCUGUCAUCUGUCUUCAACAGUCACCACAGAGGUAAAAACCAAAGCACGGAGCCAGAGAUCAUCCUGGAUAUCUCUCAAGAUAUGUCUGACCGAGGUGCGCAAGCCUUCCAGAUCCAGCUGCUCAAACUGGCCAGGACUCUUAUCUUCCUAGAGGACCAACUCUUCACGUUGAAGGAUGACACAGACACAGGCAGCAGCGCCGAUAGCGAGUGGGAGUACCUCCGCAUGAAGUUCACUCCACAGAAGGCUUCAUCCGUUGGGUUUGUGCGCUCAGAGCGUUUUGGGAGCCAGUCCAUCUUCAUCACAGCUGUCCUGAGUGCUCUCAAGCAGUACCAAAUCUGCCACAUGCACAGACACUGGGUCUCAGUGGUGACUGAAGCACUCCCACACCUUGAGAGAGGAUUGCCUAAGCUGGCUCUACCUGUCUGCAAUCAACUCUGUAAGAAUCUGGAGCAGUUAACUAUUCUCUAUACACCAGGAGACUCGGCCAAGAAGUUGGAGGUGAACCUGGAGAAUGUUCCCCCAGACCAUGUCGUGACCAUGUUGGAAGGCCUGACCACCAUCUGCCAUUUCUGCUUGUUAGAGAGUACCUCUAACCUGUCUGCCAUGGGGAGUAGACACUCAGGUCCAGUCACUAGCAGCACUAGUACCUUAGACUCAGAGAGCAGUACCUCCACGCCACUCCUCAGUAGUCUACUGGGAGCUCUGACUAGAGACAAAAGCAAGAGUACCAGCAAUCCAUCCAGUGGUCAGUCCAACAGCCCCAAGGCAGAGGCACGCAAGGGGCUGCUGGGUAUGUUGCCUCGUAUUGUCUCUAGCGUGGCUAAGCUAUGGGCAGUGGUCUUAAGAUGUGAGAGGUUGAGAGAUUCCAUCUCCAAGCCCGAAGAGCCUCCCAGUUGGAGCUUUGGCCCACCGAAGCUGUCUACCGAGGGCACCAGACAGCAGAUAUUGGAGUUACUGAGUCCCAUAGCGUUGCAUCAUCCAGUCAAUUUGAUGGCUGCUAUUGGGGUGGUGUGGAGCGACUGGAAAAAGAAAAGUGCAACUAAACAGUGUACAGUUGUACCACAGGCAUGUGAGGAUCAGGUCGUGUUGGUAGAGCUAGUGAGUGCCAUCAGAGCUAUGCCUACGGACACACUGAUGCAGACCAUCAAACAGGUCUUAAAAGCACCACCCUUCACAAUCAGAGAUAAGGACCAGCCUGGUUUAGAGACUAGCAUGCUUCAGUUUGUAUAUUGCUACAUCGGCCGUAUGUCUGUCAUGUCAGUCAGAGAUUCCUGGCAGUCAUUGCUGUCAUUGUUGAAGGAAGGAUUACAGCUUGGUCUGGCACCACCGGGACAGUUCCUGCUGCUACGUAUUUUGAAUGAGAUUGUGCACAAGAUUCCAGCCUUUGAAGAUCGGAAGGACCAGAAGGAACUUCAGGAGGUUACCCAGCGUCUGGUUGAGGCAUGUAAUACCAUCGCUGGCUCAUCCUUGGAACAAUCAACCUGGCUACGAAGAAAUGUCUCUGUCAAGAUCAGCCCACAGGAGCAGAACAUCAGCCAGACUGAUGCUGUAGAGACAGCAGGCGGUGACUCAGCCUCUGAGAUGACUUCAGUGACUCCCACGGACCCCAGCACACCAUCUGGUACACCAACUAAGAACUACUCCCAGUAUAGUGUACAAGCACUCAACCUACUAGCUGAGUUAUUGGCAACCUUAUUGGACAUGGUCUAUGGUAGUGAUGAGAAGGAGAAAGUGGUUCCUCUACUGACGUCUAUUAUGCACAAUGUCACCCCUUACCUCAAGAAUCACAGUUCUCCAAACACACCAAGUUUCCGUGCCUGUACUGCCUUACUAUCCAGUCUGAGUGGCUAUCAAUACACCCGUAAAUCCUGGAAGAAAGAUGCCUUCGAUCUGCUGCUGGACCCUUCCUUCUUCCAGCUAGACAUUGUGUCUAUUCACAAUUGGCUGCCAGUUAUUGAUAACCUGAUGACACACGAUAAGACGACAUACAGAGAUCUCAUGGCUCGAGUAGCUGCCUUCCAGAACACCUCUCUCAACCUCUUCACCAGCAAGGAAGCAGAGAUAGAUCAGCGCUCGCAGCUCCUGAAGCGUUUAAGCUUCACCAUCUUCUGCAGUGAGACAGACCAGUACGUCCGCUUCUUACCUGACAUCCAGGAGCGCUUGGCAGAGAGUCUGCGACAGAGCCAGGGACCAGCGGUACAUGAGCAAGUCUUUGUGUGCUUCAGGGUACUCUUACUACGCAUCUCACCUCAUCAUCUGACUGGGCUCUGGCCAACAGUCAUAUCUGAGCUGGUACAAGUCUUCCUGCACAUGGAGGAGCAGCUAUCCAGCAGUGCGCCAGACAACACUAAGAAGUCGGUCAUCAAGCGAGUAGCCAGUACAGACUUUGCUAGUUUCUUCCUGGGUGGUAAUGGUAACACACCACAGACACUGAGUAAUGUAGCCAAGCCGUGGUUGGGGCUGUACCUAGCCGCUUGCAAGCUGCUGGAUCUGGCUAUCUGCCUACCCUCAGAGGAUCUACCACAAUUCCAAGUCUACAAAUGGGCGUUUGUUGGAGGAGGCAAGAGGAAGGAUUCUCCCAUGCAGUUUGUACCUCAUGUAUCAAGAGCAGCACAACUCCUCAGAACCAGAUAUAAACAGGAGAACAACGAUGAGAUGCCUGCCCUCAAGCCGACACCAGGUCGACCGCUUCUGACAAUGUAUCAGAUCCGAUCCAUUGAGGAACUGCUUCCGUUCUUCAACACCGUCUGCCCAGACGUUGACACCAGCCUAGCCAACCAGACACCAGACCUCAUCACAUUAGACAAGGAAGCCAAGACCGUGUCAUCGGGACGAGCAUGGAAGAUAGAAGACUUGGUAGAUGUGGAGGACCUACCACCUAUGGAGUUCAUUCAGAAACUCAUGGAGCGAGACUUCUUGGUCCCUCAUGCUAGUUCCUAAUAUAAUAUACUCAGGUUAUGCUUGUAUUUGCUUCCAUUUAAUGCACAAAACCUGCACUCUUUAUCCUUUGUUGCAAGUUUUACGCAUGAAUGUUUAUCGAGUGCUUCUAUAUCAUGCAGUGCCCUAUAUGUAGCAGGAAACUCAAAGCCAGAAUGAGCCAACGUUGGGCUGGACCGCUGUAUUAUAGGUCUGAUUUUGAACAAAACAAUUUAUUAAAUACACAAUUAGUGCGAUAAGUGCAAUUUUACCGAUUGAAUGGCGGCAUGCAAUUGCAUAAGUCUUAUCAGUCAGAUGCUAAUGUUUAGUGUUCAGAUACUUGAAUUCAAUUUGUCGCUCUUCUUAAGAACCCAGUACGUUUAUCCGUUGAUAGAGGCCUUAUUAAGUGAAAAUGCAUGAUUCCAAAAUGGUCACUUACAAAAUUUCAGAAUACGCAUUUAUACAUUCUGGACUUUCCUUCUUUUUUUUUUAGAUUGACCAAAGCUUUCGUACAGUAUGUAUGUCCUUGGGCCCUGACCAAAGUCAAUCAGCAAUACUCGGACAACUUUAUUCAGUGCAAUAAUAACAGCUGAAGCAACACUUAAAAUAGCCAAAGAAAAAUGCUACCUGUCUUUGCUUAAUAUUGUAUAUGUAUGUGAGCUUUUCAUUUCUGUUGUGUAUUUUCUUACAUAACUUACGUUGUGUAUUUUCUUACAUUUCUUACAUAAGGUUUAGUUUCCAUAAUCUAUGGGCAGCCAAUUCUUUAUUGGCUGAAAGAAAUAGGCAUUGAUAGAAAAAAUAGUGAUGAUGUAUAGUGAUACAUGAGGCUCACUGUAGCUUCAGAAAUGUACAAUGCAACCUGCAGUCCUCUUGAUGUUGUAGUAUCCCAUGUAUUGGUAUUAAACGUACCGCAAUCUUCAGUGAAAAUUUGUUUUUUCUUAUGUCCUACCUAAAGAACACAUAGAAUGUACAUGGUGCAUUUUGUUAAUGAGAAUGUGCAGAGAUAAAUGUCUGAAGUUAUAACCGAGAACGUGACAUACAUAAUAUCUAUGUAGCGUUUAAUAACAUUGAUAUACCUUGUGACUAUACUUGGAACUAGAAUUCAGUUCAGUGAGAGUCAGAAAAAGACAAUUCUGAGUGCCCUUGCGUUAAAAAAAAUUAGAAUGCAUGGGCCCUGAAGCUGGUCUGUCCUGAAAUGCAUUUCUGUCACCGGAACUAUGGGUGGGUUAAAAGUAUUGAUGUUUACCGUACAAUAUUGAAAAUCACACAAGGAAGAUGUUUUGGUAUCGGUGUUCCCUGUUGGCAACAGACAGGCAUGACGUCACAGGUGACACUGUUUAUACAUUUUUAUAGCUCGGGUGUACUUGACAGUUUCACCUAAAUGUCUAACGUGAUGGUUAUAUUACUUUAAGUACUAGUUGUUGGACUUAGCAUUACAGGAAGAAACAGAUGUUUGUAACUAGUGCGAAUGAGAGGUGAAGGGGUAUUGUUCUGUUAUUGGGAAAGAAAAGUUGAUAAAAGAGUCAUUGUGUUGAAAUAAGUUCCAUUCUCUCCUAUCUACUAUUCCAUUGACACAGCUCAGAAGAAAUAUGAUUUGUUUUAAAUUAAAAUUGCAUUACUAAAAGUACUACUAUAAAAGUAGUCAGAAUAGAUGCAUGAACAAUAUGUACAUAUUGAGAUUAAAUGCUUGAAUUGGAAGCAAUUGUAAAGGAGACUGGUAAUACCAUGAGUAGUUGGGUAGAAAUGUACAAUGGAUUGUAUUCUUAUGAAGCCUUCAUAAAGAAGUUGUAAAUUCUAUUUAAAAUAAGGACUUGAGUGUGGUUGCAAAUUAUUCUUUCCUCAAGUCACUUUUGUACAUAUUGGUGGAGUUCAUUCAAAAACCUUGCCUUCAAAAGUUUUACCAUAUGUCUAUUUAUCUUAUGCAAAUGGAUUUGGAUUAUUGUUGGAAAGACAAGUUAUUCAAUAUGAGCCUUGUUGCUUAACGUCAAAGGAAUAUGACUUCAGAAAGUUGGCCUUUUUGUGGAUUUCCAUGUUGGAAGGGGAUUCAUUGCAACCAACUCGACCUUUCUGAAAUAAUCUGCAUUGAAACCUGUUCAUCUAAUGAUCGUUAGUUACAUGCGGCUCAGAAAAAAACCCGGAUUCUGUAAGCAUGAAUACAUUAAGUUAGUUAACUAAUUUAAUUAAUUGUUAGCACUUUGUGUGUGUUUUUUGUUAAACUGUGAAACCAUUUGCUUUGUUCAAUGAUCUGUUAUGUAAAAUGUAUUGAUAUAUAUCUUGUGUAGAGGGCAUAUUAAAGUAUAUGGAUUUUUAACACAACUGCUGUAUAAAUUACAAAGAUUUGAUUUAUGUUAAUCAGGAACGUCCAGUUUGAACACUGAAGAUGGCUUUAGGAUCGGAAUGGGGGUGUUGAACUAAGAAGGUGUGGUCACGUGAGGGAGGUUCGGGGGGGGGGGGGGGGGGGUUGACAACAAAAUUGCUGACAGACCAUCCCUGCUGGAAGGUAGCCAGGAGGUUUUUUUUCCAUUCACUUAGCUGCUGCAAAUUUAAAAUGUGGGAUUGGGGGGCCUAUCUAUUCGUUGCAGCAUAUUUGCCAACAUACAUAAUUAUGCCGACAGGAUGAUGAUGAUUUUGGUGACAAAAAUGAUUAAUGGGGGUGUAAGCCCCCACACCCCAAGCGACAUCCAUGGGGGACCCCAAAGUAGAAAUUCUCGGAGAAUUUUGAAUGACUUUUGGUUUCAGGAUGAAGAAAGGGGUUUUGUUGUGUUUUUGGAAAAAGGUAUCCUAAUAUGCCUACUGGCUAUUGGGUUUUUUUAAUUCAUGUACAUGUAUAUAUGUGAUAAAGAAAUAUUGUAUUUUAUUAUGCAUGACCGAUAAUUGUUUUCAAUGGCAGAGGAAGUUAACAGAGCAGCGGCCCUCCCAUGACUGGAAAGAGUAAGAUUGCCUCACGUCCCAUCCGUGUAGUCUGGGUUCCAUACAUACCAAGGCCAACAUGUGAAUUGGGUUUUCGAACCAUACAUUUGUUUCUCUCUUUUAAAAAAAAAAGUUGGCUAGACAAGUGGACUUCAUUCAUAACCUUGCACGUUGAGAGUUGUUUCUAAGAUUUGAAGAAUUUUCGUCCAGUGGAUUAAUUUGUCCUUAAUAUAAUUGUUGUCUGACAACACGAUAGUGGUGGUGUUAUGUGAUUUUUUAAAAUGAUAUGGUAAGUUCGAUACAGUAACCCCUGAUUAACAGGUACUUUCAUUUAUUCAUGAUUGUUCAAUAUGUCUUGGAUAUGGAAUUACUAAAAUAACAUUGUAUGCAUGCAAAGGGCGCCCUAUUAA